AUGGACUUUCUAAAUCGAUUAUUUGGAAGGAGCACCGAUACCAAGUACAAGUAUCGCGGCGACAAGCUCCCGAAGGAACCUCUUACGCCACGCGAGAUUGAGGAGAUGCACAGAAAGCUGCAUCCCGAGACGCACAUAUAUAACGCGGCAUUGCCAAAGCCCGUAUUCGACCCCCGCGACUGGAGUGUGCCUUAUACGCAAUCCCUAGAAGAAAAGCUCCCUGUCAUCGGCUUACGUUACCAGGCACAAUCGGAAUCAUUUCUGUUUAGCAGAUUACCGGUGGAGGUGCGCAUGCAGAUCUGGCGCCUUACCAUGGGACAUCACAAGGUUCACCUCACUGUGCAUCGUGGCAGACUUAGACAGUCUAUGUUCGAAUCAGAAAAUUAUCAGUGGUUGCCGCAGAGAGGACUGCUCAAAAUCCCGCUGGUUUGUCGUGCAGCCUACAUAGAGUCCAUCUCAUACCUCUAUUCCUGCAACACCUUCUGCUUCGGCUUCGGUCAAGCCAGCUCUAAGUCAGCACUUACAUUGCUGGACACUAUGCUUCCCGAACAGCACAUUGCUUCCAUGCAACAUAUCGAAGUCGGAUGGCAUCUAUAUGCCGGUGUGAGUCAGUACUACGACAGCCACCCUCAAGCCUGGGAUAUUACACUGGACGUCCCACCGCCCGAAACCGAAACACUAUGGAACAAAGUCUGCUCUGAGCUUGUCGAAUCAUCGCAUCUAUGGACGUUACGGAUUGUAGUCUGGCUUUCCGGUGAUGGGAGAGCACAGUUUGUAGGAAGGGAGAGAGACUUGCUUGCCCCGCUGGUUGCAAUGGGACAUUUGGAGCGGUUUGAUGUUCAUUUGCCCUGGAAGCAAGAUAAUACUGAGAUGUGGAAUAAUGCACCGUUCAAAGUUUCCAGGCGUUACAGGGUUAAGGACAUGUAUGGUGUGAGCAUCCCGUUACUCGAUGAUGACUUUUACUGGUCGGGCUCGGUGGCUCAGCAUAGGAUAUAUAGGCAUAUUGUCGGAUCAGACGCAGACGAGAAUCAGGUUACGAACGAGUCCUUUUCUACAUCUCCGCCCGAUUCAUGUACAAGCUUUCUGCCAAACACGCACAAUGGAAUCCAAGAUCGAAAUUCUAGCUCUCAGCAGAGUUCGAACGCCCAGAGCUCCCCAUUCUUCGCUCAGUCCGUGGUAGAACUCGACAUUGGAACGUUUGCCUCUCAGAUAAAUUACGCAGGUUUGCACGACCUCCUCGGCCGUGACCCACGUACCGAUACGAUUUUGCAGACGCAGACUCCGAGACAAGCCUCCGAUGGAUGCAUCGUGUCCACAAAUCAUGACCGUAGGGAGGAGUCACUACCAAUCCCUGAACCAGGCUACCUCUAUGAAGCGCUAUGGUCACAAGCCCCGGAAAAAGGCACAUCUUGUUCUGCUGAAGAUGAAGAUAGCCGAUUCCCAUUGGGAGACAAUGAGGACGACUUUUUCUGGCGUCACUGGGAGGCUAAUGUGCUCCAACAUCUGCCGUCAGUCUUUCAACGCCUGCAGAGCCUAUCGGAAACAUGCGAAGGAUUAAGAUCUGCAAUUUUAGCUCUAUCCGUACGGCAUUGGUUCGAUGAAGGCUAUGGCACUCCAUCUGCUCCGUCACCCACGGACUCACGAUCGGGAUUAAAAGGGCUCAGACGGUCUGCUCAUCGUCAUUACUAUUCGAAAGCCAUCGAGUGGGUCAUGCAAGAAAGCCGUGGGGGUAUGAACGGACACGAGCUCCAGCUUAUAGUCACGUUCAUAUCAUUCGCCUAUCUUGAGAUUCAGUCUGGCACUUUCCAGGGAUUAUGUUUCCACAUGUCGGGCAUUGAGAAAUCCAUCCUUGGGGCCAAUGAGUCCCUGUUCAAAUCCAUGCUAGGGAUGGAUCUGAUAGAUGCAUGGACUUCUUUACGGCUCUUUACCUAG